ACUGAUUUAUACCUCAUUUAUACCUCAUCCCUCACAACCACCCAGACGAAUGUCCCUAGUACGGCCUUUAGAACUCACAUGUCUUCUUCAUCCUCGUUUUUUGACUAGGAGUGGGAGGCCUACGUCACCGACUCAGACUCCGACGGUGAAGGCAGAAGCUCUUGGGCGGACAUCUUGUCACCGGAGGAGAAGGAGCGGCAGCGUCGGGAGAGGGAGGAGUCCCGCCGCGUCCUGUCGGAGCUCAAAUCUGUGCUGGGCUUCCGUGCUUCAGAGGGGGAGAGGAUGAAGAGGAAGCAGAUGCUCUUCAACGACCAAGCUGCUUUAACGCCUUCAGGUCGCACUGAGAGUUCAGAACCUGUCACAGAGGCGGCAGACACUCUGGGAUCUGUAGAAAGUGGCGAUGAAGAAGAAGAAGAAGAAGAAGAAAAAAACCACUUUUCAGAGUGCUCUGCAGGAAGCGAAGGGGAGGAAAGGGAGGAAGGAGAAGUAGGCAGGGUGGGGCCUGACCCGUCCGCAGAGCCACUGACGGAGUUCAGCUGUGGUCCGGAGAAGGAAGGGGAUUUGGGAGGGGCUUCAGUGUGCACGAGAGGAGGAGGAGGAGCGUCCGAGCUGCACCAAUACGACGGCCUGCUGGAGGGAGGGGAGGGCCACAACGGGCUGGACUGCUUCCUGGAGACCAAAGUCCCCGCUGUGUCCGUCAUGGACAGGCUGACGGAGCUCCAUGGCUCCGAGGCUCUGAGCUUCAGCUCCGCCCUCGCCGCUCAGGUGGCGGCGCGCUCACAGACGCUCAUCGCCAUGAAGGAGCAGACAUUCGGAGACGACGAUGACGAGGAUGAAGAGGAGGAUGAAGAGGAGAGCAACAGGCGAACCCCUGACAAGGACUUAAAUUAAAAAAUGCUGCUUUAUCCAAACACUGAGCAGAGACUGUAUUUAUGUCGGAUUGUCUUCUAUCGUGUUACAUUACUGUUUCUGGUGUGGAGGCAUUUCAAAUACUCCCCCAUCCGUCCAUUUUCCUGUUCAUUACCCGCUGUUAAAACUCAGGUACAAGAACUACUAAUACGAAAUAAGAUCAUCCAGUGUCAGAAGACCAGAUUGUCUAGAUGGCUUGGUGCCUUCUUCGGUAGGUGUUGAAACAAAGAUGUAGGAACAAGAUUUUCUCCAUACCCGAAAAAAGGGUGUAAUAUUAGCCUCUUUGAGAGGAGAAACGGUUUUAUUUGCUGGUUCAAAAGCAGUCCAAUCUGAGUUUCUGUCUGGACGUUGUUGGCAGGAGGCUUUGAAAGUCUGAGAUACAGUGGUACUUCUUGUGUUCACAAAGUUUGAUGAAAAUCUACAAUGUAAAACUACUUUGUUACUUGAAAAGAUCUUUAACUCCGAAUUUAACUUAAUCUAAAUGUUGCCAACAAAAUGUAGUUACAGUCUCAAAAGUACUCAUAAACCCAUUUCAAACAAACUUUAAAACAAUGUUUUUUCAGGAUUGCAAUACUUGAUUUAAUGAACUUUCUACUCCUGCAGUUUGUACACUGAAUGUUUUUGCGUGAAGAAACGCGCAGUCCAAAAUUCAAGUUCAUGAAAACGACACAAGGAAGCAGCAGGAAGUUGAAGUUGGGCUGCACAAUAUGAGGAAAAGAUGCAAUCAUUUAGUUGAAUAUUGCAAUAAUUAUAUUAAUUCCUAUAAAUAAUAAUAAAUGACUUAACUGCUAAUACGCAACAAAUUACUUGUUGAAUUAAAAAAGACAAGUAUGCAUUUUUGAAUAAAUUGAAGUCAAAGGAAAAGACACCAGUACAAAAAUAAUAGUGUUUGUAUUUUAAGGGCAGUUUUUCCCUGAUACUCUCUUUAAACUAUGCAUAGAAAUCCCUGGGGGAAUUUCGCAUAUCGUCUUUACGGCGUGUUCAUCUCCCAAAUUGUCAGUAACAAUAACAAAAAAAACUAUAUAUUGUGCAGCCCUACUCUGCUGAACUUAAUUCUUAGUCAAAUUGGAAACAAUGCUUUCCAUGUAUUCGCACUCCUUUUUUUAACACACCACUAUUGUAUUGAACUAUUAAUGAAGACAAAAAGUGUUCAGUGUUUACAGGGGCAAGCUCGGAGGAUAGACUUGUUUUGACUUGAGACUUUAUGGACUGAACGCUCUGCUGCUGUGAGGCUUAAAUUUAAAUACCUGUGGGUAUAGUAAUAAAAAAGGAGGUUGAUUUUCUCAUGUGAGGGCAAUCUUAAACUUUGUUUCAUAUGAAGAGCCUGACAGCCCUGAUGUUUCCCUCCCCACUCCUCACCCUUCCUUGUCUUUCUUGUCACCAAGUCUGCCUUGUCCUGACCCUUCCCUCACCCUCUCCUCCUCUCUCUGGGUGAGGUCGACCCCCUCCUGCAUUUUCCGAAAUGAAAUAAAAUACCAUUCUGGAAGUGUU